AUGCAAACCUCCAAUAGGCAUAACAUAUCCUUCCGUAGUUAUAGCUCCAGUGGCAGCCAAUGUAUUUGGAAUUGGUUUUCGGUAAUAAGCACUGACGAAGUAAAGGCUUAUUUGUUGGCUGAUAUCGCCCAUGUGGUAGGGUUGGUAGCAACUGACUUAUUUCUUAAUCCGGUUCCUUAUGCGGACGUAAUUACUUUUACUACCCACAAAACUUUGCGAGGGCCGCGCGGAGGAAUAAUUUUAGCCAAAAAAGGACUUAGGGAAAUGAAGCAUUGGAUGGUCUCGGAAUGUGAUUUUGCUGGCAACGAUCCCAUAUAUAUGAUAAUCUUCACACUUGCAACCAAUAAAAACGAAGUAAUCGUAGUAAAGGGUUGUCAUCCUGCUGGUAACCAUUAUGAAGAUCGUUCAAAUUAUAAAUGUGGUGCUCAGGUUGUAGAUGCCAAUUUGUUACCAGAUUCUAUACUUAACAUAACGGUUCGAUCUGCUGAUAUGUAUAACGGUUUGGGAACAUCAGCAAUAGGCCACUUUAGCAUGCAUGUUGAUAAUAAUGGCGGUGGUUGUGGCAGAUGCCAGAAUAUACCUCUGGAAUACAAUUUCGAAAUGGCAUUUGAUUUACCAACACCUCCAAAAGGAACUUGGUUUGAUAUUUGGAUUUCAAUAUAUUGGUCAUGUGAAACCUAUGGACUUAGUAGAGGUUGUAUUAAUGAAGAUGUACACUAUCGAGGUUAUGUCAAGUAG